AUGUAUACCUCACCUACAUUAUCUAGUGCUCCAACAACGACAACUACAACAACACUAACAUUACAAAAUCCUGAACCACCACAACAGCAACCAUCACCACCACAACAAUUAAGGCUAGUAAUUAAAAAUAAGAAAGAAAGAAAAAGAGUUCAAUGGACAGAUGGUAUAGUUGAUAAUGAACAUUUAGGAAAGAAAAAAUCAAAAAAAUGUUGUAUAUUUCAUAAAAAGAAACCCUAUGAUGAAAGUAGUGAUGAAAGUGGCGAUGAAGAAAGAGUUUUAAGACAAAAAGAAAAAAAACAAGAACAAGAAUGCGAGUGUGAACAUGACGAAGUUCAUAAUCAUGAACACAAUCCUGACGAUAAUAAAGAAAAAGAUAAUAAUUGCGAUCAUAAUGGUAGUUGUGGAGACCACCAUUAA